AUGGCCUCCAUGGCCGACUCCUCGCGUGCGCGGCCAGAAGAAGGACAAGCUCCGGCUACGGGGUCAUCUGCGCCCUCGGAGCCCUCGGAGCCAGCCGCGGGUGCAGCGGCGCCCGCGGAGGCCGCCGUGGAGGGCUCCCGGCCGGCGCCGGCGACCGAGGUUUGCGGCCAGGCUGGGCGCCCAAAGACAGGUGCACAGAGGACGAGGUCGGGCUCCCGAGGGAAGAAGCGCAGGAAGCGGAGCCCCGUGAAAGACAAGCCAGGCCGACGGCGGCGCGAGCGGGAGCGGGAGCGCGAGCAGCGGAAGGGCCGCGUGCUGGGCUCCGAAGGGCCUGCACGGGCAGCAGACCAGAUCCUGGUGACUGCGCCGAUCUGCCGCGAGUCCCGGGCAAGGUACAUGUUCGGCAACUACGACCAGUACUACAAGCAGCGAUUUGACCGCUAUGCCACCGUGGACCCCAGGGUACAGGGUGUGCUGCUGAAAGCUGGCAACAUCUUCGCUGACAAGGUAGUGCUGGACAUCGGUUGCAACACAGGCUUCAUUACCUUCCUGGUGGCAGCAAUGGGUGCCCGGCAAGUGGAAGGCGUGGACAUCGACGUCACCUGCAUUUCUCGUGCCCUGAGAUACCUUCGCUGGCUCAAGCAGAAGGGCUACAAGACCUUGCCGGAAGAGGAGCAGCCAGAAGCCAACGAGGGAAGCCGAAAGGCGGAAGUGGCGGAAGCUGCGGCGAAGGAGGCCCCCACUGCGGACGAGGCGGCCGAGGCCACGGCCGCGGAGGCCGAGGCUCCUUGGUACACGAAGCAGUAUCCUGUCAGCUACGUCCAGAGCCGCGGGCACAUCCCGUACCACGCGAAGCCGCUGGAAGCAGGAGCCUUGCAGAAGGCCCUGGCGAGCGCCAAGGUUUUGGAGAAGGCCGUGCCGGUGAAGAACUCUUCAGCCGCUCCAAGACCGGGCUUCCCUUACAACAUCGAGUUUCGCUCCGAGAACGUCCUCUACACGCAGGUCGAGGGAAACCGAAAUGUGCAAUAUGAUGUGGUUCUGCUCUUCAGACUGACGAAGUGGAUUCACAUCAACUGGGGCGACCUUGGCAUCAAGCGCCUCUUCACCCGCUGCAACGAGUGGCUUCGGCUCGGAGGCCUGCUUGUGCUGGAGGUGAAGGAUCUCGCAGGGCAGCCGUAUGCCAAGGAGAACUGCGAUCGUCUAUCAGAACUUAGGUCCCUGUGGAUGACAUCCUGGGAUCGUAUUCGCAGCUCAGCACUCUGCUAA